AUGGAUCGCAAAGGGAAGCAGCCGGCGACGAAGGCGACGGAGGAAGCGGCGAGAGGCAAAGGUAAGCCCACUGCUGCCUGGUCGAAGCCGAUGGGUCGUGGGGUGCGCCCCUCAGCCUGGUCGAGGCCGGGGCCGUGGGUAACCCACUGGCCCACGGCCGAGGAGGUGGACCGCCUGAGCCGCCGCUUCCCGGAGGUGCUGCGGCCGCCGGAAGAACCGAUUGAGGCGGCCCGGCAGGUAUGGGAAGGGCGGGCGGCGAUUGUCCGCAGCUUUGGCCGCCGGAUUCCGGCGGAAUGGGUGGCCAAGGAUGUGGCCACCCGCGCAAAGCUUGAAGGAGUGGUGGCCGUCCCGCUAGCGGAUGAGUACAUUGCCCUGAGAUUCCGGUCGACGGAGGACCGGGAUCGGGCUCUCAGGGAAGGGCCGUGGGUGGUGGCGGGGCAAUUGCUCGCUAUGAGCCCGUGGGUGCCGGACUUUGAGCCGGGGGAUGGCACGGUGAACAGGGCUUUGGUAUGGCUCCGGCUGCCACGACUACCGCCGAAGUACUGGUCGACGUCGACCAUCCUCCACAUCGCGGCGCGCGCCGGCCAGCCGGUGGCGGUGGAUGAAGUCACCGAGCAGCAAGCGGCGAUGGGUUUCGCCCGCAUUAAAGUCGCGAUUGAUCCCACUGAACCGCUGCGGCCCGGUGUGCUAAUACAGGGGAAGACGAAGGUGCGGUGGCAGCCCUUCGUCUUCGAGAACGUCCCUGUUCUUUGCCCUAGUUGUGGGCGAAUGGGGCAUACGGAAGUGACUUGCCGCUUCCGGACGGCAACGGGUGCACACCGGGAGGUGCAUCCGGUGGCAACUGAGGCGGGGGACAACCCGGACCUACCGCCCUUCGAUGGUGGGGAGGAGGUCCAGGGGCCAGUUUACGGCCCCUGGAUGGUGGGGAGGAGGUCCAGGGAGCUGCCGCCGCGGCCGAAGGAGCCUCCCGGGGCCGAUCUUGGGGCUGGGUCGUCUGCGAGGCGUCCGGUGAGUCCGGUGGUGCCGGCGUCGUCGCCUGCAACGGUGUCUCCGGCAGACACGGCCGGCUGGCAAAAGCCAGCUAAAGUUGCGCGGCGGCGCUCGCCGGUGGCAGCGGAGGGGGAAGGGCUUCAGCUGGCCCUUCCUCCCGGCCCGUUUUAG